AACAGUAAACAUAAUUAAUUAACAGCCUACUGAUGUACAAUACUUUGGAAAAACAUUAUCUAAAUCCUUGGUUUUUAAAAUUCUCAUAGAUAACUUUUAAGUAAUCCUCAAAUUCUAGUUUUCUAUCAAUUUAUCUUCAAUGUGAACUUAAUUUAAACAAAAUUCAGACAAGUAAGGGGAAUUUUCAGUUCAAAAGUAUAUCACAAUUUCCAAAAUAACCUUUAAAAUAAAUUAUUUACGGUGAACAGGCAAUGAGAAAUAGAGAAUCAUACCUAAGCACUUAUCAAGAUGACUUCCGUAACCCUUAUUCCCGAUCUAUUAUUAAAAAACCCCCAAAACCUCCAGAAUGGACUAGAAACAAUGAAGAGACUCUAUAUAAAAGGGAUUGCUAUGAUUCCUCCAAUGUAACUUAUUAUCAGCCAAAACCGAUCGAUUUUGAAUGUGGAGAAGCUGAUAAUCAGUUUGGGGAACAUCUUGAAUACAAUGAUAAGAAACAAGGCUUAGUGACUGCGUUGCGUGAGUGUGGCUGUCAAUUGAACGAUAACAUCAUGAAUUCAAUGAAUAAUUCAUCGACAUAUAACACCAAAAAAGAAUAUCCAGUAAUACAAUGCAAAGCUCUGAAAUUCAAUGAUAAUUGUGACUGUGAUUCAGAUGAUUUGGCAGUGCAAAAUAGUGAGCGAUAUCGAGAUCCUUUUCCGUUUAGGGUUUACGCAGUCAAUUCAGCACCUAACUACCGAUCACCAAUUGAAGAGGUCUGCUCAGGUCCCAGUUUCUUCAACAAAAGGAGCACGCUUGGUAUAUCAGAGUACAUGGAUACCAUUAGCAAGGCUGGUCGAUCGACUAUGCUGGCCAUUCAACAAUUUCGAGAGCCCACACCUUCUAGCCGACGUAGGCUGGAAGGGCAGUGUAUUCAAACCUGUUGAUUGGAAUCUGAAUAGAAUAUUUGAAUUGUAUUCGAGUGAACAUUGUUACAAUGAAUUAUAGAGGAGAGAAUAUCAAGGCCUAGUUGCACAAAAGCCUGUUGAAUUUUAAUCAUGAUCAAAAUUGCAGGAGAACCAUCCAGAAUUAUUUUUUCAAAAAGAAGGCUUCUCUGAUUGGUCCUUCUGGAAUUAAGUCGGGAUUGGAGGUUCACAGUUUUCUGUGCAACUGGAUCCAAGUGUAUUAAAACCUGUUUAUGUUCAAUCUUACAGGAAUGAAUAUCAUAAAUUUAAUGAAUUCAAAUGAGUUUUAACGAAAUAAGUGUAAAAUAAAUAACGGAAUGUAUUCAAACAUGUUGAUAUAUUAUCUAAUUGGAAUAAAUGUCAAUAAUGUAUCGGAAUAAGUAUUGAUCGAAUUGAUUAUAAAAUAGAUAAAUGAUGAAAACACAAGAAUAUUGUUAAUUUACCUAAUAUUAUCCUAAUUACCUAAUAUUUAUUAUCGAAUUUAUUUUGGAAAAAGAUAGCAAAACUCCAUCUAUUUUUUGUCAAAAUAAACUAUUGAUAUUAGAAAAU